GGGUGAUAUAUAUGUUAGUAUGCAACAACACAAGCUAGAAGAGCUCUCGGUUGAGAACGAUACUAUGGACAAGGGCAUCGCUCGCGAAGAGCAGCGCUUGCUCAGUGCUAAUGCACAAGUUCUGAAUGCUUUGGAAGACUUGUUCAGUUGGAGAUCUUAUGUGGCGUGCAUAACAGACGUAAGGAUUGAACAUCGUGGACCAGUGAGCUUUCGUUCGUCGAAUCCUGGCGCUUUCAGCGCGUCGUGUAUCGCGUUUGGCUGUUGACCUACUUGUAUGGGAUGGGAAGCGUCCCAGUCAUACCGAUUACCGAGAACUGCGAGUACUCAGAUCUUAUGGAAUGUCAAGCGAAACAGAAGGCUUUCU